AUGAGCCUUCGACUGAUUUGCAAAAACCAUCUCAGAGCCGGGAGUUUCGGUGCCUUGAGGGACCAUUAUCCUUGGUGUAGCGGCACCACAGCCAAAAAAAACACUGUCAUCCUUAUCUUCAACCAAAAAGGUGAGAAACAGCGAAGACAAGUUGAAAGCCUUAUCCGCCAUUAUUUAAAAUUGCGAAAUUGCCGCCCUGUCCCUGUUCGUAAUGGUUUCUUGGAUAGAGCACUGAAUCUGGGUCCCACCAGUGACGUGGCACGUAGUUCAAUGUGA